AUGACCAACGUGUCGACGACUUUGGCCAAGAUCAUCAUGGAGCCGACCUUUUCGAUCAAGAGCGUUGCCGAGGCCAAGGUUGCCAUCACCAAGGGGUCGCCCUCCGCCAGCCCCAACAAGCCGACGCGCGAUACCGCCUUUGAACGCUCGGGCUGGGCCUUGCGCGGCGGCUCCGGCGCCUGCAACCAGAUCGCGCGCUUUUUUGUGCGCCGUAGCUUUGGCGACCUGCGCCAAGUCUGGGUGCACUACGCGCUCAUUGCUUUCGUGGUUGCCUAG